UGGCAGUUGAGUUGAAGUACCAGUAUUUUUUUCAAGUUUUUCACAAGAGAGUCUGUGGUCGAUAGUAGUUAGUUUCUUGGAUCGAUAACAAGCCCAAGUGGUAUACAAACGUAGUAGAUAACGAUAUUAUCGUACUAGAACAAGUAGUUUGUGAGAUUAAAUGACGUUUUAAAAUUAUGUUAGCCCCUUUCUUCACGAGCACGACUACAACAACUACUUCUUAUUAGGAAGACCUCCUCCAACCUAGGGAGACCAACCAGAACCACAAGAAGUAAAGAUUUAUUUCGUCUCUCUCUGAAAUAAGAGAGGAGAGGUUGGAUGGAGCGGCUACACGGGGAUGAAGGAAGGGCGGGGAAGGGUUCUUCCUCUCUGCGCCUAUCGCAGUUUUGAGUCCUGGGACGGGUUUUCUCCCUCGUCUUCCUCGUCUAGCUCUUCUUCUGCAUGCUCACGACUAUCUUCGUGGCAUAAAGAACAAGUGGAGAAGCACGAAUCGAACGAGUCUGCUGCAAGUGCUGGUGCAGUAGCACCACCUGGUGAGCCGAAGGUUGUGGGGACGACGUCUGGAAGGACGAGCAAUGCUGUUGUUGUUUCAGUAGACGAUCGAGACAAGAGCAGCAAGACAAUACCACUGCUUGCACGUGUUGCGGCCAGAAGAAGUCGGAAAGUGCUGGCGCAGGUGUAUCGAACUAGAAAACCGGAUAAGAUCAUAGAGUGCUCGAGAAUAAGACGAGGAGAAAGGAAACAACUAGGAGAUAGUAGGCAGUGGCCGACCGCUUCUUCUCCACGUUCGCACGUCAAUUUUGCGACAACGCCGUUCUAG